UGCAGAUACGCAGAUACUACCUACAUACGACGCGACCUAUAACUAUAACACCUUUUAUAUCCUCCUUCCCCUCUAUAAACUACCUCAUAUAUCCAUUGUUAAAAUUUCUCUUUCUCUUUCUCUUUUUCUCUCGACACCGCCUUUUUUUUUUUUUUUUUUUUCUCUUCUCUUACUAGAUCGCAUCGCCAACAUGGUUAGAAACAUCGUUAUCCUCUCCGGGAACUCGCACCCAACCCUCUCGGAGUCCGUGUGCAAUAUGCUCGGAAUACCCGCUGGAAACCGUAUAUUGAGCAAAUUUUCGGUUGGCGAGAGCCGCUGCGAAAUCAAAGACUCUGUACGAGGCAAGGAUGUUUUCAUCAUUCAGUCUGGAGGUGGCUCCGUGAAUGAUCAUCUCAUAGAACUUUGCAUCAUGAUAUCGGCCUGCAAAACGGGCUCGGCAAAGCGCGUCACAGCUGUGCUUCCAUUAUUCCCCUACUCUCGACAGCCCGACCUCCCCUACAAUAAGGUUGGGGCACCUCUAUCGAAACCUCCCACUGAAGUCUCCAAGGACAAGUAUACGUUCGAAAGCGUGCCAGCUACGCCUGCGCCUGGAAUCACCAAGAGCGCUAGCUUUUGCAAGGAGACCGACCUUUCCAGGGCUAUGAGCAAAACUUCCCUUUCCAAUGGACCUGCGAAUGGCCUGCCUCGUACCAAUAGCGAGAACUAUUUCAGCGGCAACGGCAACAGCAACGGUAACGGCAACGCGAACGGAGAUAUAGCUUCAGCUCAGAGCUACCUGACACAUUCCCGUGCAGGGAGCUAUACUACCCAUGACUACGAGAACCCCGGACUCAUCUCUACCUUUCAGGCCAAGCCUGGAUAUAAGAGAUGGGUCGCGCAAGCUGGAACUCUGGUGGCAGAUCUGUUGACCUGUGCCGGUGCGGACCAUGUCGUUGCUCUAGAUCUCCAUGACCCUCAAUAUCAGGGCUUCUUCGAUAUUCCCAUGGACAAUCUGUACGGGCGACCCCUGCUAAAGCGAUAUAUACAGCAGAACAUUCCCGACUAUAAGGAAGCCGUGAUUGUGAGUCCAGAUGCCGGCGGUGCGAAGAGAGCCACCGCCAUUGCCGAUAGCUUGGGCAUGGAUUUUGCCCUCAUCCAUAAGGAACGACGACCUACGCGAAUUACAGAUCGACAAAACGCGACAAUGAUGCUCGUUGGAAAUGUUGCAAACCGAGUUUGUAUCCUGGUUGACGAUCUGGCGGAUACCGCCAACACCAUCACACGUGCUGCGAAGCUCGUGCGCAAAGAGGGAGCUACAGCCGUGUAUGCGCUCAUAACCCACGGUGUGCUGAGCGGCGAUGCUAUCGCACGCAUUAACGCUUCAGCCCUCGAUAAGGUGAUCGUGACAAACUCGGUCCCUCAGGAUGAGCACAAGAGGCUGUGUCCCAAGCUCGAAGUAUUGGACGUAUCGCCUAUAUUUGCCGAGGCUAUCCGCCGCAUCCACCACGGCGAAUCUAUCAGCGUUCUAUUCCAGUAUGACUGAGCAAUGAGUUCGGCAGAAUAGAUUCUCGACUUUCGCAUCGUUCAAGGCCGCACCGGGUGCGAAGGUUAUUACUGCGGAGAUAACCUACCAAGACACCGGAGACGAAUACGACGGGCCGCAUUUAACUAUUUGACUAUUAGACGAAUUACUGGCGGCCACAACGAUGCAGUUAACUUAUUUCCUGUUUGGGGGAAUUCUUUUGAACCCGGGCGUCGAAGUUCGACUUUCAUCGUCU